UGACGUGCAAUUCAGGACAAAUAAACUCUUUAACCGCUAAAUUUCCUAUGGUCAGUCUCACUAGCCUAUGGUUCUGCUAGUUGGAGCAAAGCAGCUUAAGUGCCAAAAACUAGUGCUCUUAAUUAAAAAGACGCAGACAAAACCUAGUGGAGUAGUUGAGGACGGUUAACCUAAUUCUUUACCAAAUUGGCUCAAAAAAGGACAAAGAGAAUAUAAAAGCACCACGCCAAACAUUGUGGUUGGAGAAUCUCUUCUACCUCUGCUCUUAUCGGGAUAAGAACAGAUUUAUUCUGCUAUAUCAAUUCAAAUGGAAGUUUGGCAUUUUCUACUAGCUUCAGUAAGCAUUAGUCACUGUUUCUAUACUUUUCCUUCCUUUUACCCGCCAAGUGAAAUCUGCAACAUCAAAAUAUAAGAACUUGCAAGUGAAAAAGAGAAAAAAAGGAACCAAAAGUAUAGAGGACCCACCAUUUCAUCAUAGCUAUCAUUAUGAACAAAAACCCACAACUCAUGAAAUGAUUUGAUCAUAGAUCAAAAUAUUAGGCCGGCUAUAUAAUUUCAAGAUUCUCCUGGAUUUAUAUGUAUAGAAUAUUUGUGCAUAUAUAGUCGAACGUCCGUUUGAUAAACAUCUCCACAUCUAGGAAACAAAAAGAUGUUUCCAAGCACAGCAAUUCAACAAUCAAUAUUAAACUGCGGAGAAGUAGUAAUAAGGUCAUCCAUAGCCUCAACCAUAUGCACUGUAUUAGCCGUACUAGCUGGUGUUUUGGUCUACUUCUAUGGACCUUAUUGGCGUGUGAGAAAGGUACCUGGUCCUCCUGCUUUUCCCCUUGUAGGACACCUCCCUUUGAUGGCUAAGUAUGGCCCAGAUGUCUUCUCUGUCCUGGCCAAACAAUACGGUCCUAUCUUCAGAUUUCACAUGGGCAGGCAGCCACUAGUUAUUGUAGCAGAUGCAGAGCUAUGCAGAGAAGUUGGGAUAAAGAAAUUCAAGGACAUAUCAAAUAGAAGCAUUCCAUCUCCCAUUGCCGCAUCCCCUCUUCAUCAGAAAGGCCUAUUUUUUACUAGGGACUCAAGAUGGUCAACAAUGAGAAACACUAUUCUAUCAGUUUACCAGCCAUCUUACCUGGCUAAGUUGGUGCCAAUCAUGCAAUCGUUUAUCGAGUCUGCAACUAAAAAUCUUGAUCUUGAGGGAGAUUUCACAUUCUCUGAUCUCUCCCUCAAGUUAGCAACAGAUGUAAUUGGACAAGCUGCUUUUGGUGUGGAUUUUGGACUCUCCAAAUCAAUAUCAGACAAAAUGGACCAUCAUCAAAAUGAUAGUGAAGUCCAGGAAUUCAUCAAACAGCACAUUUACUCCACAACACAACUCAAAAUGGACUUAUCAGGUUCUGUUUCGAUCAUACUGGGUUUACUUGUUCCGAUUCUUCAAGAGCCAUUUCGACAAGUGCUCAAAAGAAUCCCGGGCACUAUGGACUGGAAAGUCGAAAGAACAAACAAGAAUUUGAGCAGGAGGCUGGAUGAGAUAGUGGAAAAGAGAAUGGAGGAAAAAGAUCGUGGCUCGAAAGACUUCUUGUCACUUAUACUGCAGGCAAGGGAGUCAGAGAAGUUAGCUAAGAAUGUUUUCACCUCAGAUUAUAUCAGUGCUGUAACUUAUGAGCACUUGCUGGCGGGUUCUGCAACAACAUCCUUUACUUUGUCUUCUAUCAUCUAUCUGGUUGCUUGCCAUCCAGAGGUUGAGCAGAAGUUGCUUGCUGAGAUAGAUGCUUUUGGCCCUGAUGAUCACAUACCCACUGCAAAUGAUCUUCAGCAGAAAUUCCAGUACCUUGAUCAGGUAAUCAAAGAAGCAAUGAGGUGUUACAUUGUCUCGCCCUUAGUUGCCAGAGAAGCAUCAGCUGAGGUGGAGAUUGGAGGCUAUAAACUUCCUAAGGGAACAUGGAUUUGGUUGGCUCUUGGAGUUCUUGCUAAGGACCCUAAGAACUUCCCUGUACCAGAGAAAUUUAAACCACAGAGGUUUGAUCCAAACUGUGCAGAGGAAAAACAAAGGCAUCCUUAUGCAAAUAUUCCAUUUGGAGUAGGGCCACGAGCGUGCAUAGGACAGAAGUUCUCCAUACAGGAAAUCAAAUUGUCACUGAUUCAUUUGUAUCGCAAGUACAUUUUUCGACACUCUCCCCUCAUGGAAAGCCCGUUGGAACUUGAAUACGGCAUAGUCCUCAACUAUAAGCAUGGCGUCAAGGUUCAAGCCAUCAAGCGUAAAUGAAACGUUCCAACAUCUCUAAUUAUACUAUGAGAUACAAGAGAUGAGGAAUCGUGAGAGCUCAACCUUAUGCUAGUUUGCAAAGCGGACCUCAAUCCAGUCCCAUCUGUGAAACAGAACUCGAAUACAUGCUUUAACGUGCACUAUCUCAAAUGCUACUUCGCAUGUCAAAAUAGAAAUAUUGCUUGUAACUCCAUUUUAUGACAUAAAAAGGGUGUGGGCCACUGAGUAAACGUUUUGAUUUCUAUAAAUUAUACAUAGUCGCACAGUCAAGAUGUGAUCAACUUAUCUCAGUAAAGGUUCUGGUUUCUAUCAAA